GGAGACCCAUAACAACAGCCCGCGGGCGGCGGGGUCCCUUAGUGCUGCGCCGCUGCGGACCGGACCUUUUCGGGUUCUCGUAGCUGCCGCCUCCCCCCCGUUUUCCCCCAUGACCGUGGUGUCGGUCCCCCUCCGGGAGCCGCCGUUUUUUGGCGGCCGCCUGGCUCCUCCCCUGAGCUUCUCCGCGCGGGGCUACUUCGGUCCCGUCCCGCUGGUGGCGGCGGCCCCGCCGCCGUUCCGGCUGCCGGACCCGCGGGGGCUGCCGCUGCCCCUGCUGCUCCAUCGCCCCCCGCCGCCGAUGCCCGCCGCCUGCCGCCUGCCCCCCGGACACCCCCGGCCCGCGCCGAAGAAGCGGAGGAAGAAAAAGAUCCGGCCCGGCCCGGCGCAGCGCGGGGAGCGGCGGGACCUUCCGGCGGGGCCGAGCCCCGGCGGGUCGCCCGCGACGUCCUCCUCGCAGCCGGAGAAGGAGGUUUCUAAAACAAAGAUGGGAAAGCCAGAGAAGGCAACGAUUCCCCACGGUCAGCUUGUUCACCGACACUUGUGUGAACAACCAAAGAUAACCCGACAGAAAAGCAAGUUUAACACAUCUUUAACCAAGAUCGCCUCUGCAAAAAGAAACGAAAAUAACUUUUGGCAGGAUUCCAUGUCAUCUGAGAUCAUUCAGAAGCAAGAGAAGAAGCCUUUUAAAAAUACCGAGAACAUCAGAAAGAUGCAAGUAAAGAAACCAGCCUUUCUAUCUGAAGCGAGUCAGAAGGAAAAUUAUGCUGGAGCAAAGUUUAGUGAUCCGCCAUCUCCCAGUGUCCUUCCAAAGCCGCCCCGGCAUUGGAUGGGAAGCACGUCUGAAAAUUUCAACCAAAGCAAGGAGCUGAUCGCCGUACACUUAAAAACUCUCCUUAAAGUUCAAGCUUAAAAACUUGAUCUGUACAUACCUUUUUUUUUUUUUUCUUUUUAAGAUUCUGGAUUUAACCUGGUUGAAACUUGGAAAUGUCUUAUUGCAACAAAGGAGUGCAAACGGCUAUAAAGUUUUAACCCUACUUAUGAAGCUUGUAUCAUAUUUUAUAUUGUACAUACUGUAUACCAUGUAAUAUGUGUAUAUUGUUCAUACUCUGAGAGGUACAUUAUAGUUUUGUUAUGAAAGUAUGUAUUUUGCACUGCCUGAGUGGUAGAUGUCUUGUAAACGUAUAAGUGGACGAGUUUUAAUCUGUGCUCUCGCACACAAGAAGAUCGAUUCGUUUGCACAAAGUGUGCUGAAGGAGAAAACAGCUUCUAGACUCAAGGUUGAGAUUUAAAUGUGAACAGUUAACUGAUGCACUACUGAGAACAAAUCUACGCCUGUGGCACAAUCAUUGUAAACACAAUUGUUCCUUUUUUUUUUUUAAAUGGUUUUGUUUUGAAUGUUUUAAAAACUUGAUUCAAGUUUUUGGUCAAAAUUCCCAUGUGAAGCGUUUCUUUUGAGUUCCCCCCAAGGGGCUAAUUUGAAUUAUUCCACACCCAAUUGGAUGUUAUCAAAUUUUAAAAUUAAUAAUAAUAAUUCGGCCUCCCUCUUAAAA